AAUAAGUGAAUGAAUGACACAAAUGUGUGAUUGAAUUGAAUUGCAUUGCAUUUGACACUCGAUUCACACAAACAGACCAUUGAUUACAAACACCGCUCUUAUGUCACACGAAUUGGUGACCCAUUGAAGCCAUCACUCAAUUGAUCCGUACGUUUGCUGUCACACAAUCUCUCAGCGAUCAACACAUCGUCGCCUGAAGAUGGCUGAAGAACAGGAACAGGACUUCUCGAAGCUGUCGAUCGACGACCGCUGCGCUCAUAAGAACUGGAAGGCGAGACUCAGUGGUUACGAGUCGUUGACCUCUUUGUUCCAGACGUUGGACGACGAGAAGAGUCCAGAGUUUGUCAAAUAUGCGCCAAUUGUCAAGAAAUUGGUGGUCGACUCCAACGCCGCCGCACAGGAAAAGGGUUUGGCCGCCGUUUUGGCGUUUGUCGAGAACUACGCGACGGCCGGGAAGUAUGUGGAGGGAGUGGUGUCAGGCAUUAUCACCAAAUGCCUCAUUUCACCCAAAGUCAAGACCCGAGAAACGGCUCAUGAGAUCGUUUUGAUGUUCGUU